AUGGUAGUGAUUGAAAGUACUUCGACCGACCAACCAAUUUUAAUGGGAAGAAACUGGCUAGGAGCAAUGAAGCUGGAUUGGAGUAAAGUAAUGAAGGAAUGCAAAGAUGACUCUGUGGUCAACGAAUUGAACGGUAAGACUGUUCUGAAUUUUGUUAAGCCUAGCGUAGAAGAAUUAAAGAAGCAAUACGCAGGUGUUUUUGACGCUGCUUUUGGAGAAAUUAAAAAUGUAGAGGUGGAGUUGGUGCUCAAAGAAAAUACUACUCCUGUGUUUUGCAAACCACAUAAUGUACCUUUCUCGUUACGUCCUGCAGUAGACAAGGAAUUAGAUAAUUUGGUACGAAAUGAUGUAAUAUAUCCGGUGACAAAAACGGAUUGGGCUACUCCCAUUGUAGUUGUUCCGAAAGCAGACAAAUCUGUCAGAAUUUGUGGGAAUUUUAAGAUAACGCUAAAUCAGUGUAUCAGAACAGAUCAUUACCCCUUACCGAACCCAGAUGAAAUAUUUGCUCAAAUCGGUGACGCUAAAUAUUUUUGUAAGCUUGAUUUGGCUUCUGCCUACAACCAGGUUAAAAUAAAAGAAUCCUCACAAGCCCUUUUGACUAUAAAUACUCUAAGAGGGUUGUUUCGCUACAAGCGGCUGCCAUACGGAAUUUCUAGUGCAGGCUCUAUAUUCCAGUCUGUAAUGGACAAAAUCAUGUCAGGGAUUCAAAAUGCCUAUUGCUAUCUUGAUGAUAUUCUAUUGAUAAGUCACUCACCAGAAGAAAUGGUAGUUUUAGUUCAUAAGGUUCUAACUAGGCUGAGUGAAUAUGGUGUAAAAAUAAACGAGACCAAAAGUAAGUUCUUCCAAAAGAGUAUUGUAUUCCUAGGGCAUCUUCUGGAUGGUACAGGGAUCCAUCCGAGUCCAGAAUUGAGUAGAGCGAUUGUAGAGGCUCCAAGGCCUAAUGAUGUCACGCAGUUGCGUUCGUACUUAGGAUUAUUGAAUUAUUACGGCAAAUUUUUGCCAAACCUAUCUACUUUGCUGUACCCCCUUCACCAGUUGUUAAAUAACGGAGUUCAAUGGAAGUGGAAUGACAAAUGUGAGGAAGCGUUUGAGAAAAGCCGAAAGUUGCUUCUACAAAACAAUGUAUUGAUGCCAUUUGAUCCAAAGUUGGAUAUUUUAGUAACUUGUGAUAGCUCACAAUAUGGUGUAGGUGCGGUGAUGGCUCAUGUUUUGCCAGAUGGCUCUGAAAGGCCCAUAGCCUUUGCGUCUCGGACGUUGUCCCAAAGUGAACGCAAAUAUGCUCAAAUCGAGCGAGAAGCUCUAGCAAUAGUUUUUGCUGUGAAACGGUUCCAUGUUUUCUUGUAUGGUCGUAAGUUCAGGCUCGUGACUGACCACAAAGCUCUAAUUUUUAUAUUAGGACCUAACAAAUCCAUACCAACUCUAUCAGCUGCGAGAGUACAGCGUUGGGCACUUAUCUUGGCAGCGUACCAAUAUGAACUUAUCUAUCGGAAAGGCUCGGAGAUAUCGAAUGCAGAUGCCUUGUCCCGACUGCCAUGCAAUUACGACCAGAAGGAACCUGAAGAAAUCAAUUUCUUUUCUACAUCUUACAGUUUGCCUAUAACACAUAAGGAGAUAGGCCUAGCAUCAAAAUUUGACCCAAUCUUGUCAAAAGCGAUGGAUUACACCUUACAUGGGUGGCCUAAUCAUGUUAGUGAGGAGUUGCAACCGUUUACUGACAAAACACAUCAAUUAUCAGUCGAAUUAAAUUGCUUAUUGUGGGGAACUCGAGUGGUCAUACCCCCGACUCACAGAAAGGAAAUUCUUAAUCUACUACAUUCAGAGCAUCCCGGUGAAUCACGGAUGAAAUCGUUAGCUCGUAGCUACGUUUGGUGGCCGGGUAUGGAUAAGGAUAUUCAAAGAUAUGUUGCAGAAUGCAAUGUUUGUCAAUCAACCAGGAAAUCAGUACCAGUUGUACCUCUUCAACCGUGGACAUGGCCUAGUCAAAAUUGGCAACGACUACAUCUUGAUUUUGCAAACUUUGAAGGCAAGGAUUUUCUUAUUUUAGUAGAUAGUCGUACUAAAUGGGUUGAACUGUUUUAUAUGUCGUCCAAAACUACAUCCUUGAAGACUAUAGAACGUCUGAGAACAUGUUUUGCAGCCUAUGGGUUACCUCAAACAAUUGUAACUGAUGGAGGCCCGCAGUUCACUUCAAGUGAGUUUAAGGAAUUCUUGACAACAAAUGGAAUCCACCAUGUUCUCACCCCUCCAUACCACCCUGCUUCGAAUGGGUUAGCUGAAAGGAUGGUACAAACCGUCAAGGAAACCUUUUUAAAACAACUUCUACACGACCAGAAAAAUCAACCUAAUCGAUCCAUCCAACACAAAAUAGACAAUUUUCUCUUUACCUACAGAAAUACUCCUCAUUCUAUUACUGGAUGCACACCUUCAGAAAUGUUUUUAAAAAUGAAACCAAGAACACCGUUGAGUCUUCUGAAGCCUAACUUGUCAGCAGAUAUGAAUCGGAAACAAGAAGUAAUCAAGAACAGUGCUGAUAACCGUAGAGGCUCAACACGAAUGUUUGAAGUAGGUGAAAACGUCUUUGUUCGCUCGGUGAGGAAGGAAAAAGUGAACUGGUUACCCGGAAAAGUAAUCAAAUGUAUAAGCCCUGUAACCUAUUUGAUUAAGGAAGGAAACCGCACAAGAUUUGUUCACGCUGAUCACCUAAGGAAGAAUCUAACAAAAGAAGAGGAACAUGAAGAGUGGCUUUUGCCUGAAAUAAAAGAACCAGAAAUCAGACAAACAACAGAACCUACAGAGCCUAGAUCUCCUCAAAAACAUUCGCCUAAACAUCGACAAUCAAUCAAAUCACCACUUAGACCUUCAACAACUAUAUCGCCACCUAAACCUCAAGCAAUGUUAGGUAGUCCAAGAAAAUCACUAAAUCAAAAUUUCAAUGAUGGACAACUUAAACAAGGUGAAGACACAGAAGCUAUCAGGCGGUCCCAAAGGACUCGAAGAGCGCCUGAUAAAAUGAAUCUAUAA